CGGCGCACCGCGGGAGCUGCCGUGCGGGGUGGUGCGGGGAGUGCGGAGCGUGUGGUGCGUAGGGCGAGAUGUUGUUUUGUUGUGGCGAUCAGCUGAACGUGGCAUCGCCGUCCGGUCUGACACAGCAGCAGCAGCAGGAGGAGGAGGUGGAGGAGAAGGAGGAAGAGGAGGAGGAGGAGGGACCCCGCACCCCAACACCAGCGCGACUCUGCGUCCACAGCAGCGCCACACGGCCGCCGCGUCCGGCGCAUCUCAACCCAGGAAAUGCGGACUUCUGGCCCUUUCGCUUCGGGAUAGAUGGCUGCAGCGCGCACACCGUAGCGAGCUGAUCCACUCGGAAGCCGGAAAGCUGCUACUCUUUACAAUCAACCAAGGAGAUUUGGACAAAACCUUGGGAGGACUGUUAGAAUGGCUGUGGCUAGACAAAAGCGUAGCUGCUUUGGACAGAGAGAGGUUUCAUGUUUACCUGCGUCAGUGCAGCACCAGAGCACCUUUUAAUGAUGCCUCAUUUGGCCCCUUUUAGAAACCUACAGCACACACUGAAAAAUAUCUUCACUUUUGAUUUACUUUUCAAUCUGCCAAUUUUCCAUCGCCUCUGACAUUUUUGUUACCAUGCGGUUGAACCAAUGAGGCUCAUAGAGCCAUUUGUUACGUGUCCGUGAGGUCGCCUCCCCACUCUAUGGAGGCUGAGCCCAGCCGUCCGGCCAAUGGGGAGCGCUCUGGAAGGCAAGAGUCGCAGCAUGCAACAGCUGAGUCUUCAUUAGGGUCUUGUCCAUCUCAGCACCCCCAGCAGCCUCCUAAUCCUCGUCCUGUACAUAGAGCAUUGGGCCGCUUACAAAAUCGUCAACCCAAACGUACUGACCUGCUUCGGUUACAGCAGCAGCAAGCAGCAGAAUGGCAGCAGUCAGACACCCCAGGUACCUCUGGAGGCAGUUUUAUGUCAGCAACUUCCUCCUCAUCUUCAUCCCUCACCACUAUGUCCUCCACCCAGGGUGAGCAUGGUCAUGGGGGGCCAUCUCACUCUAGUCAUGAGGCUCUAGAAGGUGUCGGCUCUUCCAAAAAGGGAGAGAAGAAACCCCAGAAGCCAGGGAAAUAUGUGUGCUCAUAUUGUGGCCGUCCGUGUGCCAAGCCAAGUGUUCUUGAGAAACACAUUCGCUCUCACACAGGAGAAAGACCCUACCCUUGUGCUCCCUGUGGCUUUUCUUUUAAGACCAAGAGCAAUCUCUACAAGCACCGUAAGUCCCAUGCCCAUCGCAUUAAAGUAGGUCUGGCAUCCAGUCGAGAUGAGCCCAGUUUAAGUGGACCAGAAGGUAGCAGCAUUGGAGAAGACCCUGAAGAGCACACAGAGGGAGAAAGUACUGAAUCUGAGGAUGAGACAGGCCAGCGCAAAAAAUCAUCCUCUAAGGAUUUGCUUCGACACCAGAGGAAAGGGGCUAAGGAGCAGCAUGGAGGCUCAGACGAGACCCAAAGGCCGGAGGACUCUCAAGCUGUCAAGCAAAGAUUGGCAUUGAGGCUUAGGAAACGUGGCCCCAUGGCUUCACCAGAUGACCCUCCCUCCUCUUCCCUCUCCACUUCAUCUUCUUCUUUGGGCCCAGGUAGUAAGGGCAGCACAGAGUCUGGCUAUUUUUCUGGUUCAGGCAGUACUGACCUGUCCCAAGUUAGCCCGCCCAGUUCCAGUGCCAAAACCUAUGCAGAAAUUAUUCUCGGGAAGUAUGGAAGACUGGGAGGACAGCAGCGCAGUCCCCACCAGCACCAGCUUCCUACUUCACAUUCCUCAUCUUCAGGAACCGAGGAUAAAGGCAUUCCUUUUGCUGUUCCCAAAACGCAAGUGAUAGAACACAUUACCAAGCUCAUUACUAUCAAUGAAGCAGUAGUAGACACCAGUGAGAUUGACAGUGUAAAGCCCAGACGCUCCUCCCUAUCCAGAAAAAGUAGUAUGGAGUCACCCAAAUUUAUAGCCCCUAAAGAUCCCUAUGCUUUUGACCCAAAAAUAGAAGCUGCAGGCCCCAGUGGUUUAAGGCAGCCCAAAAACCCUGAGGUAGAUCCAUCGAGUACACAGGAACUCUCAGCAGUGCCUCUUCUUAGAAGCCACUCAUUGCCAUCAUCUACAAGCCAAGUAGAUCCCAUCACUCCGGGCACCAUGUCUCCAAGAGGUUACCGCCUUAGCCAAUCAUUUGAUGAGCAGCAAGCAGUGGUUGCAGAGAUGAGAGGCGCCCAGCGUAUGCUCAGACGGCAACCUGCCAUAGAGGUACCCCUAGGUGCUGAGUCGUUGUUGGAGGAGGGCAGUCCUAUGUCCCCAUCCUCCUCAAUCAGAGGAACAAAUUCAGGCAAGCAGCCACUUAUGGUGCAAAAAGGUCAAAGUGUGUUUGAAUGUGGAUCUUGUGGGGCCUGCUUUCAGUACAGUGAGGGCUAUGAGGCUCACAUAGGAAUGUGUCCAGGAUCAAAACAAGAGGACAGGGAGGCAUGUAGCCCUUGCAGAGAGAAUCGGCCUCCACUGAUGCACUCCAAGUUCCGAGCACUGGCCAUGGCUGUGAGGAAGAGGAGAAAAGAGGAGAGCCUGGAAGAGGAUCCCCCCAGUCCUGGAACUGAACCCAUGCCAGGCAGAGCCACAGGCCUAAGCAGACCAGAGCUCAGCCAGGCCCUCUCAGGUGUUACUUCACAGACUGAGCCAAACCAACAGCAGCAGCGGGACAGGAAGGGUGUUUCUGUCAUACAACACACUAGUUCUUUUGAGAAACAAGAGAGUAUAUCCAUAGAAAGCCAGGAGCCAGACGUCAGAGGGAGUCAGCAGCCACAACAGCCAGAGCCAAAACCCUCACCCUCCACAUCCCGCCUCAUCCGCCAGCCAAACAUCCAAGUGCCAGAGAUCCUUGUUACUUUGGAGCUUGAUGCUGACAUGCCAUCCGUUUCACCCCCAGCGAGAACAUCUUCGUCCAAGGAACUCGAGAAAGCAGAGGAGUUCCAGUGGCCUCAACGUAGCCAGACUCUGGCUCAACUACCUGCAGAGAAGCUGCCACCAAAGAAGAAAAGACUCCGCUUAGCAGAAGCAGCUCAGUCCUCUGGGGAGUCCAGCUUUGAGUCUCCGUCUCUUCCUCGCAGCCCUAGCCAAGAAAGCAAUGUCUCAAGCCUCUCGGCUUCUUUUGAGGACACAGUACGUUCAGAGCCAGUUGCCUGGGCCUCUGGCAGCCAAAGCUCCCAGAUGCUAAUGGUGCCAUCUGCUUCUCACCAACACCACCAAAGCCACAAGGAGAUGAGGCGUUCAGCCUCAGAGCAGGCCCCUCCCAGGCCCCAACAAACUGAACAGAUUUCAGAGCCAAGAAGUAAAUCGUUCGAUUAUGGGUCCCUUUCCUCUCAGCUGUCCACAUCCUCCUGGAAAGAGAGGAGAAAGUGUCUCCUUGUGAAACAACUCACUUUAGGUGAACCAGAGCAGGAGAUGGUGGGCAGCAUAAGUCAAAGUCCCAUGCCUGGUCCUUCUCACCCCCACAUCCCUUACCUCCAUCCUACUGAAGUUAUUCCCCACCGAGAAGUCACAGAGAAGCCCAUGCUUAUACAGUCUAAAAUGUUCUCACCCUCUCAUGAUGUGCUCCCUUUGCAACCCAGAGACCAACACGUUUUUCAAAGAGGAGCACUUUCACAGCUACAUCCCAUACCCACAGCCAUAACUGAGGUUCUGUCCCCUCAAGUCAUUCCCAGAGCCUUCUUACAUUCACACUCUGGAAGUCCUAUACAGACCCACCCAGGGCAGAACCAAUUGCCGGAACAGUUGAGAAUACCACUACAUCAUCUCCCAGCCGUUGUUCCUCUCCCUAGCUCCUCAGGGGUUAGAAGUAGUCAGCCUCUUUACUUUCCUUUUCCACCAAGACUUGGCACACACAUUCCUUCACAGUCCUCUACAGAGACCAGACCAUCCAUCGCCUCUAUGUCUUCUACUCUGGCCCAUCAUUCUCUUGUAACCAUCUCAUACCAACAACAACCAGUCAUUGCCACGUGCCUAGCACAGCUUGCACCAGUGGUAUCAGUUGUAGUGCCAGUGCGCCUCCAAACCCAUAGACCUACCUUUGCCAGUGCAAUGUAUACCACCCUCUCCCAGAUUUUGGCUUCCACUCGCUCACAGGAAUCAACCUCGUGCACUGCUAUGAUCAUCAUGACCCAAACAGAACGGGAGAAGUUGCAAGGAUCCUAUCUGAAAGUUCCAUCUCCAUCCAUCCAGAGCCUUCUCCCUCUGUCCCUGUCGAAGGAGCUGUCCUCGGAGUCUGGGGAGGGAUAUGGUCCUCUAGGACCUGGAGGAAGCAAACGCAUGCUUUCCCCUGCAGCUAGCCUAGAGCUUAGCACUGAGGCUAAGCGUCACCAGAAAAGAGUGAAAGAAGAGGAGCAGGAGCAAUAUAAGAGUGCUGAAGAGGAAGAAGAUGUAGAACCCAAGGUAUGCCAGGAAGAAGAAUGCAAGAACCAAAGGAAAACAUUGGAAGAGGGGGAGACGCAUCAACCAGAGAAAAUAGAGGGGACCGGGGUGAAAUUAGAGGAGGUGCAGGAACAGCUCCCACAGAAAAAUAACAGGCAAGAAAAGGAAAGAAAGGACAAAUCAACUGAGAGAACAAGUCAUAAAAAGGAAGAAGUGCCAACUCCAGAAGUGGGGAUUGAGAAGCAAAGCUCCCCUUCAUACCCCAUCCUCCAUACUUCCACCUCAGUAAACUGGUGCUACCUGAAGUAUGUCAAACCCAACCCGUCUGCCGAGAGAGACCCUCAUACCUCAGUUUAUUCUACAUGGAGUGUCAGUCCGCACAACCCCAAUCUGCCAGGCCUCAGCACUAAGGUGGCUCUGUCUCUGCUGUGCUCUAAACAGAAACAUAGCUCUGAGACAUACACCAUGGCCACUGCCUCGACACCAGCCAGAGGUGAACCGGUUCCUGAAUGCAGCAGGUCUCCACCUAUAUCAGAGGUACAAGCCACCCCACCCAGUACCCUCCCAGAGGUGAAGGAUGAGGAGACACAUGAGAAGGAGAAUAAAAAAGAGACAAAAGAAGAGGAAGGUCCUUCCACCUCCAAGCAAGGCGAACCUAGUUGGGUCCGGAUCUUUGAAGGAGGCUUCAGGUCCAAUGAGGAGUAUAUCUAUGUGAGGGGUCGCGGCCGGGGAAAGUACAUAUGUGGAGAGUGCGGCAUUCGCUGCAAGAAGCCCAGCAUGCUGAAAAAGCACAUCAGAACGCACACCGACGUCCGCCCGUACAUCUGUAAACACUGCAACUUUGCCUUCAAGACCAAAGGGAACCUUACGAAGCACAUGAAGUCAAAGUCUCAUGGGAAAAAAUGCCAGGCAGUAGGAGUGUCUGAGACGUCGCUGGACGAGCCAGAGAGCGAGGAAACAGCAGGCAGUGAUGAACGGGUUUGUGGUUCAGAGGAGCAGGGGGAGCAUCAGUUCUCAGAUGUGGAGGAGUCCGAUGAUGAGGAUGACAACGAUGAGGAGGAAGAUGAGGAGGAGGAUGAGGAGGAAGAGGAGUCUACAUCCCAUGAAGGCCCGCCGUCUUCCUGUUCGUCGGACACGCAUCCUUCAACGGGAGGCCGCUCCAGCUGCGGAAGGCCCUCGGCACAGGACACCCCCGAUCCAGAGCCCGGUUCCGUUCAGGAGCCCGCUCCGCGGGGAGUGUGGCCCGGCAGGCCGGCAGCCUCUCCGGGCAGGAGGAGAGCUCUGUUCUCCAGGCGAGGCUGGAAGAGCUCUCCAAGGGCCUUCUCCCCCAGCAGCGAGAGCUGCUCCCCAAGCCGCAGCCUCUCCCCCCGUCUGGAGCUCUCCUCGCCGAUCCACAGCCUGUCCCCCAGGACCGAGUUGUCCUCGCCCAGCAGACACUUCUCCCCCUCCCCCGAGAGGAGACUGUCUCCCGUCAGAGCACAUUCUCCUCUUCGUUCCUUUUCACCCAGCUGCUACCGGCCGUUUCAAGUUCAAACCCCUCCAUCACCACUGGGAGCGCUGCACAGGACCCCCGGAUACCUGCCCUGGGAGAGCCCAGGCACAAGGGGAGGUCAUGUUAAACCGGAGAAAAGCGGUGCUGCAGGGGAAAGGCCAACGUUGUCAGAACUAAGUUUGUUCCCACCUGCUUUCCGUCUCUCCACUUGCGAGGCGUACCCUGGUCUCCAAGCGACAGACAACAUCUUCAGCCAUCUGCCCAUGCACUCCCAGCAGGCAAAGGUCCCCUGCCUGAUGAUACCCAUCGGCGGGAUCCAAAUGGUACAGGCCAGACCGAGGUCCCACCCGACCACUCCCUCAUCUCCAACAUCUCCUCCGCUGGAGGGGCCAUCAUUGUCUCGAUUUGAAUCCUUCUGGGGCGGGACCCCCAGGACUCAAGGGCUGAGGACUCCUGGAGACACCUGGUCAGCGCAGCAGGCAGCAGGAGCCAGCCACCAGGCCCUUACCACAACCCUUACUUUCUCAAAACCCAAGCUGGAGACCACAGACUCAAAGCAAUACGGCUCCUCACGCGGCCCCGUCCGCCCCCAAGGCUCUGCCACAGAGACCCCCGAGGGCGGCGCCAGAGAUGGUCGAGCUGGAGCGCCAACCCUCGGUAUAGCAGCCCCCGAAGCCUUUUGUGCCACAGGAGCGGCACCGAGCCAGGAGGAGCCGGCGUCAAGCAGGGACGUGGUGAGGAGAGACGCUGAAGGAGACUCAGCCCGAACUGAACCGAGCACUUAACAGUGUUGACACCUUGAUGCAUCUCGCAUCCACUUUUGGUUUAUUGGUUGCUACACUAGUCUUGUUUUUUUAUUGCUUUAUUUUUUUUAUACAGAUUUCAAUACUAUUGUUAACUUAAAUGUUUGUUCUUUGGCAAUAUUCAGGUUUGUUAUAAAAAUGCACUUUUUUCUGUGUGAAAAUAUUGUUCCUGUAAUUUAUAUAUAUAUAUAUAUAUGUGUGUAUAUAUAUAUAUACAUAUGUAUGUGUAUAUAUAUAUAUAUCCAAUUAGAUACUGCUAAUCUCAAUGUCUGUUUGUAUAUGCGUAAGAAAAGCAGCAUAAAUACAUUUGUAAAUGACCAAAAUGUUUCAGCAUAAAAAAAGAGCAUUCCCUUUUUUGCGUUGUUCAGUAUUACUCAAAUUGUUGUUUCUUGUGCCUUUUCUGUCCAUUUGUGCGUUAUUUUAAAUGUAAACACACACACACAAAGAGAAGGCUGUGAAUUAAGUUUUAUCAUAACUUUUUCUUGUUGCGCUGGAGGGUUAAUAUUUGGUGUUUUUUGUCCUAAAAGCCAAUGCUUAAUCGCCAAGGUAACUUAAGUCACAUUAUGGGAAAACCUAAGGAGCGGCUGAAACGUGUCAAAGAAAAUGCACUGACGUUCUAUUUUAUAACUAAAUGCUUCAGAUUAGACUAUAUGUCUGUACAAGGGAGAGUGCUCUUAUUUAUUUUCAUUUGAUGACAUUGAUUCUUAUUUUUUUGUUGUUUUUGUUAUGGGGGGGAGCUGUUUUGCUACACCUGUUUGUCUCUUUCAUAAUGUUCUUGUAACUUGAACUGGUGGCAAAGAUGAGACAUUAAUGAAUUUGGCUGGUACCAGAGGAUAAAGUGCCCUGCAGAUUUCACAAAGCAAAAUUUCUAGUUGCUAAAGAAACAAUAAAAAAGAAACAGAAUUUCACCAGGCUUCAACGUAAUUGUGCCUUUUUUCCCUAGCUGUCAAUUUUCAAAGACGGAAGUGCUUAAAUACAGCAAGAAGAUUGAACAAAAGUAUUACGAGCAUCUCUGGUAAUUUUCCUGCAAACUCCAGUCGUAAAAAAAAAUAAAAGAAAACAGCAGAAAAUGUAGUAAUUUGUUUCACUAGCUUGUUUGUGGUACUUACCAGUUUUUGUUAGCCUCAUUAGUACUCCUGAAUUUCAGGUUCACAACAUGUAGUGAUGUAACAGAAAGGAUUUGCCCCUUUACAGGUUUGUGUUUUUGUUUCUUUGUCACGUGCAAAUAUUUCAGGUAUUCAGACAGAUUUUUGGUAUCAGACAAAGGAUAACCCUUUUGAGACCUUAUGGAUGAGUAGGCCAACCAUGAUUGGUCCAUGCUCAGAGAGCCUUUUUCUGAUUGGCUGCAUCAUGAUUUAACAGGUCCUUUCCAUGCCAGGUGGUCAUUUGGCUCUAGCUCAGAGAUCUGCAACCUUUUUGAUUCAAGGAGUCAUUUCUGCUCAUUAAUUGAAGCUGCAAAAGAAAGUGCUUUCUACUAAAAACUACUCCUUAAAACUGUUUUGAAGUGUAUGAAGCAGAGUUGUGGGGGUCUUUUUUGCUGAAAAUGUGUAAAAGGCAAGAAAAAUAAAGCACAAAAUAUA